AUGGAGGGCCUCCUGAGGACCCCUCUGCUCCUCCUGCUGCUGCUCCUGCUGCUCCAUCCUGCAGCCUCCACCUCUGACUUCGACGCCACGGCCCACCCCCGCUUCCUGUGCACCCCCAUCCCCGUGGACGCCGACCCUUCCUGUUUUCCGGCGGCUGGACCGGGCAGUGGUGGGGCAGCGGCAGGGCAUCAGAAUGCGCCUCCUGCCGGCUGGUGGGGGGCGAGCGAGGAGGCCAAGGCCACCAUCCUCCACCUGAGGGAGAGCCUGGUGCAGCAGAAGGAGACCAUCCUGGACCAGAGGGAGACCAUACGCGAGCUCACCGCCAAGCUCAGCCUGUGCGAGGGCUUCGGCCACGGCCACGACGAGCACCACGGCUCGGCCCCGCACCACCGCACCUACCCCGACAACGGCCACCACGGCAACCAGAAGGGUCACCACGGAAACCUCAUCCCCGACUCGCCGCACCAUGCCUCCUCGGCGGGAGGCCACCGGUCCGACGGAGGAGCAGGCCGCCAGCAGAAGGACAAGCACGGGACGCCGGGAGACAUCUCCUCAUCGCCGGAGCAGAUGGAGAGGAUGCUGCAGGCGCUGAAGGAGAGGCUGGACAACCUGCAGAAGAGGAACUCGUCCACCUCGUACUCGAGCUCCCUGAAGGAGCUCCUGCAGCGGAAGAUCGGCGCCCUGGAGGAGCAGCUGCACCGCCACACCUCCGCCCUCAGCGGUGCCGAUCACCACGGAGACGACGGAGACCACCACGAUCACCACGACGACGACGACGACGGACACCAUGACAACAACCACUACGAUCACCAUGGCAACAACGAUGGACACCACGACGACCACUACGAUCACCAUGAUGACGAUGGACACCACGACGACCACCAAGACGACCACCACGACGGACACCACGACAGUGACGACGAACACCACGGCGACCAUUCAGAUCACCAUGACGACAGCCACAACGACGACCACCACGAUGCAGAUGGUGACCAUGACGAUGGCCACCACCACGAUGACGACGGCAGCGAUCACCAUAGCAACGAAGCCGACAGCCACAGCUACCUUCCACACACGGGAUACAGAACACCGGGACCGAGGUCCAACAAGCUGGAGACGAUACUGAAUCAGCUUUACCUCACAGAUUCUAGCAGGAAGAAGCCUCAGAGUCCGGACGCCUUCCAGAUCAGCUUCCCCAUGAGGACCAACUACAUGUACGGCCGUCUGAAGAGGACGCUGCUGCAGGAGAUCUUCGCUCUGACGCUGUGUCUGUGGAUAAAGGCCGGAGUCGGACCCGGACUGGGAACCCCGUUCUCCUACUCGGCGCCCGGACAGUCCAACGAGCUGGUUCUGAUCGAGUGGGGCAACAACCCCAUAGAGCUGCUGAUCGACGACAAGACGGCGACGCUGCCGCUGUCCCUGAGCGACGGGAAGUGGCACCACGUCUGCGUGACCUGGUCGACCCGGGACGGCCAGUGGGAGGCCUACCAGGACGGGGUGCUGCGGGGGUCCGGGAUGAACCUGUCGCCGUGGCACCCCAUCAGGCCGGGAGGUGUCUUCAUCCUGGGCCAGGAGCAGGACACGCUCGGCGGACGCUUCGACGCCACCCAGUCCUUCAUCGGCGAGAUGUCCGACCUGCACAUGUGGUCGCAUGUCCUGAGCGCCGCCGACAUCUACGGCCUGGCGUCCUGCGGCAGCCACCUGAGGGGCGACGUCAUCGCCUGGGCGGAGUCGGAGGUGGAGCUCUACGGGGGCGUGGCCAGGUAUCCCUUCGACCCGUGUCACUGAAGGAGGAGCCCACAGACACUGAAGUCCUUCCGACUCUGGCCUCGGCAGAGUCGACGCCUUCGUUUAGACUCAAACAGGAACUUUUUUCUAAAGAAUAAAGACUCUGGAUGGUGUUAGCUUCUUAGCCGGACGGUUUCCUGUUAGCUUCCCGUUCAGCUGCUGGAUGUGACAUAUUGUCAUGAUGUGAAUGAGACUCGCUUGGUCCCGUCGUGGUGACGAAGCUUUAGUUUGGUAGAAACUCUGGAUCCUCUUUCUGAAGGUUUCCAUGAAACAUACGGCUGAUGUACCAAAGAAUCGUAGAACUGAAGCGUCUGUAGGUAGCACAGGUUUGACUUCAGACUUUUUCUCGACUGUUGCCUCCAUUUUUUUUUUUUUUUUUACUGCAGCAGGAAAAUCUGAGACCAACACCUGGAAAGUCUUUAUAUUAUUUUACUAUAUUGUUAUUUUUUACACGUUCUGGACUCAACGUUUGUUCACCGUCUCUUUUCACUGAGUUAGAUCCUCGUUCUGCUGCACUGUGAAUCUGUGAAUCUGAAUCUGGCCUUGACUCUUGUACAUUUAUUACCGCACAUCGGAGCAAAGUUCUGCUGUUGUCCUCAAGUUUUUGUGUAAAUAAAAAUGUGAAAGUAA